CUUUUAACGACGAUCGCCCAGGUCAAACCUCGUUCGUCUCCCGCCAUCUGUGACUGACUAACAAGUAGGCCAGGAGAGCAUGUAUGUAGCAUCACGGUGGCAGCCAUGAUGUGGAUCUCAAUCUCUCCAGCCAGUCAAUCUCGCCAGAACCUGAUGGUUCUAUCAUUAUUGCUCUUUUUCGUCCAUUUCACAGUUCAGCAAAGGGAUCCCAUAUCGAAUUUCUGCCGAAGAUGGGGUCAUCACAGUGCUGUUGUAGAUGAAAAGCUUUACAUCGGCGGAGGAUUGGUCACCUAUGAUGGCAGCUCGGGAACACCACCGAACGUCUCGAAUCCCUACUUUCUCUACCAUGAUUUGAGAACUGCCGCCGGUACAGGCAUGCCUCAGCCAUAUGCGAAUUUGAGUAAGAACUCGACGAUACCAGACGUCAGUGGUGGGAUAUUCUGGCCCGAUACUAUCAACAAGAAGAUCUAUCUCUUUGGCGGCGAAUACAACGAUGUGACGCCUUGGGACUUUGAUCUAUAUGCCUACGAUAUCAUCAACGACGAAUGGGACAACCUCGGAGUUUCCAGGACCGACAACAUCGUUGGACUUAGUUACGGAGCCGGCGUCUCCAUUCCGGACCGUGGAGAGGCUUACUAUUACGGCGGAUGGAUGAACAACGCGACAGUCGCCGAUUGGGGUGAUGCUCCCCAGGUACCCACGUCGUACCUUGUACGAUACGAGAUGGAUACGAACAGCUGGUCCAACGACACUGGCCCUGAUGAUAUAGGUCGUGCAGAAGGUGUCAUGGUCCACAUACCCGCCGGAGAUGGCGGAAUGCUUGUCUACCUUGGAGGAAUUCGUGCCACUGAUGAUGGUGGUUGGGAAGGUCAACCGAUGGAACAGAUUAUCUUAUAUGAUGUUCUAAGUGGCAAGAGUUAUUUCCAGAAUGCAACAGGCGAUGUUCCGGAACCACGUCGACGAUUUUGCGCCGGCGCUACGUGGGUGGAGGACCAGUCUUCCUACAAUAUUGAUAUUCUAGUUACCUAUACGGAGGCGCUGGCCAAGAGGAAGGAAGCGCUGGAUUUGACGACAUUUACAUUCUAA